CACCUCUGGAUCGUCGCCAAAAAACAAUUUUUAGGACUGCGGAAAUCGUUCCGAUCCGAAGCAGCCACUAACCUAGCUUUUCAUUGCUUUGUCAGAAAGUGAGAAGUUUAAGUCAUUUAACUUACAAUUAACAGGUUUAAAAUGGGCAGUGUGGAAGUGGAGCACAUGAACAUUUAUUGUAAGGAAUAUGACAGUCUGAAAGUUUUACAUGCUCAUGACCAAAUAAAAGAAUUGCAAUCCAUCCUCAGGGACAAAAACACAACUCGGAGUGAUUUUAAAUUUUACGCCGAUCGCCUUAUUCGCCUAGUGAUAGAAGAGAGUCUGAAUCAACUGCCUUUUACGGAUUGCAAAGUUACUACACCCACUGGUGCCACUUACAAUGGUCUCAAAUACAAAUCUGGUAAUUGUGGAGUUUCGAUAGUUAGAUCUGGUGAAUCCAUGGAGCAAGGAUUGAGGGACUGUUGCAGAAGUAUAAGAAUAGGCAAAAUCCUUGUGGAAUCUGAUGCAGAAACUCAUGAAGCAAGAGUUGUGUAUGCUCGAUUCCCAGAAGAUAUAUCUCAGAGACAUGUGUUACUGAUGUAUCCUAUUAUGUCAACUGGCAAUACUGUCAGUAAAGCUGUGAAUGUGCUAAAGGAACAUGGAGUAAAAGAAGAAUGCAUUAUAUUGAGCAAUUUGUUUUGCACACCAGCUGCUGUACAGACUGUUCUUGACUCAUAUCCUAAAAUGAAAAUAUUGACAUCAGAAGUACAUCCAGUAGCACCAAAUCAUUUUGGACAAAAAUAUUUUGGAACAGAUUGAAGACUGAUUUUAUCAUUGUCAAAUGAAUAUUUUUAGAUAUAUUACAUUUAUUAAUUGUUAAAUACCUAUGCAAUUUAAUGUGUUGGCUUAAAUAAGUCAGUAUUAGGUAUUAUUAAUUUAAACUUUAGUUUAAUUUUAUCUGGUAAUUGUUUUAUGUAUAUUUUAAUUAAGGAUAUUUAUUAUUUUUGUAAUAUAAUUGUUGAUAUAGAUAUGACAAAUAAAUAAAUUACUAGUCGAA